AUGUUAUUUGCCUCGAUGCUUGUGUCACUUGCCUUUGGCGAUGCCUUUGCAGAAGCUGAACACGACGAUGACUUGAUGUCUUUUGUCACCCUUCCAAAUGUACGAGCGCUCAAGUUUGACAUCACAUACCAAGACCGGGACGCUGUAGCUCCGGGCUACUGGUUUGUUGCGCCGUACGGGGUCAUCGACCCAGAGGUUCCAACAAAUAGAUAUCAGCCCUGUCAAAUAGGGCCAUAUAUCUAUGAUGCGGAUGGAAUGCUAAUCUGGGCCGGGUCUUGCAUGUUUGACAACCGGAAUGUUUUCGACUUCAAAGCGGCCAACAACAUCGACGGCCAGUCUCAUCUUUCAUUCAUCCUACAACAUGCAUACCACGACGACGGCUCAGACAAAGGCUAUGGUUAUAUCCUGGACCAGAAUUACAACGAAGAAUACAAGGUCCCCGUGACCAACAACCUGGGAGCGUUCAAUAUGCAUGAGUUCAAUGUCCUAGACGGUGGAAUGACGGCACUGGCCUGUUUGUACCGCUCCAAGUACACGGAUCUGUCUGCUCUCAGCCGCCCUGAGGAUCAUGGCUGGAUCCUCACCGGUGGCCUGGUCGAAUUAGACACCAAGACCGGAGAGGUCUUGUUUGAAUGGAGCUCCUUCAACAAUGUCCUGGUUGACGAGUCUGUCAAGGUUCACAGUGAUUCGCCGGGUGGUAACCGUCCGGGAUGGGAUUAUAUCCACGUCAAUUCAGCUGACAAAAACGCACUGGGGGACUAUCUUCUGUCGGGCCGAUUCACGAGCACGCUCUAUUAUAUCUCGAAAGAAGGCAAGAUUGUCUGGCGGCUGGGUGGGAAGUACUCUGAUUUUGACAUGGAUUUCACCUUUUCCAAGCAGCACCAUGCGCGAUUUCUGGAAUCUAACGGGACGCACCAUCUCGUCUCGUUCCUGAACAAUGCCUCGGAUGAGGGUGAAAAUGAAGAGGACUUCUCAUCAGCCCUCUACGUCCAGCUUGACACCACCGCCUCCCCCAUGACAGCGAGAGUAAUUAGGCGCAUUAUUCGGCCCGACAAAGGCCUCACCCGUCUACGCGGUAACGUACAGGCGCUGCCUAAUGGCAAUACGUUCGUCGGGUGGAGUGAGCGCGGCCACCAGAGCGAACAUGCCGCGGAUGGUAAACUCCUCAUGGAGGCCAAGUUUGCAUCCCCCCGAUUCUCAUCGUACCGUUCGUAUAAAUACCCCUUUACGGGACGGCCUAGUUCUCCGCCUGAUGUUGUUUCUUCGGUAUACGGCACGAGCGAGAUGGAUAUGACAACUGUUUUCUACGUUAGCUGGAACGGUGCCACUGAUGUCGCGUCUUGGAGAUUCUACGCACGGUCUUCUGAAGGUGGUUCCCCGGUGUUGGUAGGAGAGACAACCAAGACGGAUUUCGAGACGAUGUACAUUGCCGAAGGAUACCUAGACUGGGUAUCCGUUGAAGCAGUUGACAGGGACGGCAACCACCUAGGCAAAUCAGAGGUACAUAGAACCACAGCUCCGAGCAACUGGCAACAUGCCGGAUUUCACAGCGGAAGCACGCCCGAGCCGAACGACCCAGGGGCUCUGCGCUCGGCCGACGAAGGGCAUGAGGAAGGGCAUGAGCAUGAUAUGGGCGACACAGAGCCACAUCUUGAUCCCGAGGAAGCAGCCAGGGCGGCCGAAAAGGCGUUUGAGAUGGUACGCGGUGUGGGUGGGCUUUUGAUCUUCAUCCUGGUCACUUGGUCCUUGGCCGGACUCCUGGCCGGCGUCUACUGUUACCUUCAACGACGCCGUUCGCGCGCAUACUACGAAGUUCCAUCGGACGAGGCCGAGCACGAGCCUUUGGCCCCUUCAUGA